GCCCUCGGGGGCCCCUUCAUGGCCUGGGGGCCCCCAAGCAGUUGCUUUAUCUUACUAAGGAAGCUUUUAUUUUGACGGGCCGGACCGGAACAUGGCGGCGGUUACUCGGGCCAUCUCGAGGCGGCUGAAUGUUUGCAUCUGUAGUUGAGAAGAAAGCUGCAGUGGACGAAACCCCGAGUGUGGACGCGACUUGUGAAUAAGUUGUUGAACGCAGAAUGAAAAAGACCAGCUAACAAGGCUGCCGUGAAGUUAAAGUCACGUCCGAACAAAAGCGACACAGCGAGUCGAGCGGUGGCUCCGGUGGCAUUCGCCGCUUCUCUCCGUCCCCACAGAGGUGUUCAAGAUUCCAUGUGAUGGUGUGAGGAUGGGACAGCGUGGUGUUGGGUGUGACCGCAGCCCUGGAGGCUGAUGAACCUGCUCCCUCGGCCAGUCAGGAUGCACAUAGCUUCAGUGGGUGUCAGCAAGUUCUGCUUCCUGUUCUCCCUUGCAUUCUGUGGGCUCUUGCUUCUGUUAAUCCCGGCCUUCCAGCCCCCAGCUCGCCAGGUGGACCUGCCUCAGCCCCGACCUCAAAUCAGACCCACACAUGCAGGCUCAUCACACCACACCAGGGUACCAGCAGUGUCUGUCCAUGCUGGGGGAACUGACAAAGCCACAGGGCUAAAUGGAAGCUCAUUGGGCCAGGGGGAAACCAUGGAGAUGGAAGUUACCGGGGGUGAUAAGAGAGGGGUGGACUCCCCAAAAAGCCUUGAAAGAGGGGCUGUUCCUGCACGAAAAGCUGGUGGACCUUUAGGAUCUACAUCCCAUGACCCAUUAGAGUUGAAGGACAUUUUUAUUGCUGUGAAAACUACCAAGAAGUACCACAAGUCCCGACUGGAGCUGCUAAUUCACACCUGGGUUUCCCAAGCUAAAGAACAUACCUUCAUGUUCACUGAUGGUGAGGACAACGAGCUGCGGAUGAGAACAGGAGCCAACAUCAUCAACACAAACUGCUCAGCAGCUCACACCCGCCAGGCUUUGUGCUGCAAGAUGUCUGUGGAGUACGACAAAUUCAUUGAGUCUCAGAAAAAGUGGUUCUGCCAUGUGGAUGAUGAUAACUAUGUGAUUCUGCCCAGCUUGUUGCGGGUGCUCUCCUCCUACCACCACAGCCAGGAUGUCUACCUGGGCCGGCCCAGUCUGGAUCACCCUAUAGAGGCUUCAGAGAGAGUCAAGAGUGACGGAUCAGUGUCGGUUAAGUUCUGGUUCGCUACAGGUGGAGCAGGUUUCUGUAUCAGCAGAGGUCUGGCACUGAAAAUGAGCCCCUGGGCCAGUUUAGGGAAUUUCAUCAGCACAGCAGAGAAAAUCCGACUCCCAGACGACUGCACCAUCGGCUACAUCAUUGAGGCGCUGCUGGAGGUCUCCCUAACACACACACACCUCUUCCAUUCUCACCUGGAGAACUUGCAGAAGCUGCCCAUUGACUCUGUCCUGGAGCAGGUGACUCUCAGCUACGGAGGGUUUGAGAACAGAAGAAAUGUGGUCAGUAUUGUUGGAGGAUUUUCACUGGCUGAAGAUCCCACCAGGUUUAAAACAGUCCACUGCCAUCUGUACCCAUUUACUGACUGGUGUCCAAAGAUCAAACCUCGCCACACAAACUGAACGCCACAGUGUUUUAAUUGUGCAGCACUGACACUUGCUGGAGCUUUGCCUCACUCUGCCAUGUUUGGGUCGAGCCACUUGUAGCUGGGAAUACCUCACGUGUCAUGAAGUGGAUGCCUUCGCCCCAAAGCAGCCUCACCUCAUGCUUCAUGUGAGAAGCUUUUAAAUAGGCAGAGCUGAAUCUAACAGGUGGAACCAAAGAAGGACCUUUUCUGGCUAACAGAGCAUGAGAGUGGAUGAAGCCAUUCGUGUCUGGAGCUACAUUUGUAAAUGAGCUUUUGAAAGGUGACUAUUAACGUAACAGUGCCCUUGUUAAUUUAGCCAAUUUAUAAGUUCAUGCCACUGUGUAAAACUUGUUUUCAUUUGAUACAUGUUGUUAAAUUACUUCAUUUUAUUUACCAAGUGUUUUCUCCAAGUCAUGUGAUGUGUGUUUAAUAAUGGUACAUUUUCCCAUUCAUGUUGACAAGGUAUCAAUGAAGCAUAAGACAAUGUUCACGUUGCUAUUGCAGUCAGAAACCAACUCUGCAACAUGGUUUCUAAAUUGACCCACAAUACAAGAGGAAAUUAAAGCAGCUGAAUUUAAUCCAAGUUUUACAAAGCUCAACCUCUGAACUUCUCUUCUGAUGUUAUGUGUCUUGGAUGUUUGAAUUAUGUUCAAUGAAGCGGAUUUGUUUGUACUCAUAGAUUUGCAUGCCCAUCCAAGUGCGAGCUUCAGUUGGCCAGUCAUCUUAUGUAGCUAACCCUAACCCUAGAGAUUCCUGUAACCCUACCCUGUCACAGUAAAUUCUGCUAUUUGACAGGUUAAGUGAAACCACAGUGGGAGGAUCCAAGUGAUUUUCUGUGGCUCCGUGACAAAGGCAUUGAUUGGAGAAGACUAAACCCUUCCUCUCUUCCUAACCAUAGACAUGCACUCUCGGUUAUCUACAGCAGCAAUUUAGUUAUGGGUCACUGUGAUGCAAUACUUUCAUAGAGCAAGUUAUUACAAGGACUCUGCGGGCCAGCUUCAACAAAUCAAGUGGGUGUUUUUGUUCUGGCAAUCCCAUAUAGGAUUUUUUUGCAUGACAGCAACCUUACAUGGGACAACCCUGAGGAACGCCCCUGCCACAGCUCAGACAGAAUCACACAAAAUUUCAUACCACAAAGAUUUGACUGCAAUCUGUUUUUCGGUCUCAUAGUCAUGUGAGGGUUGUAUUAGGAGAAAAUCGAAAGUCUGAAACCUAUCCUUUCAGCUUAACAGUUUACUGAGCUAGUCCAACAGUAUUGCGUGACUGCUAAUUUGCUAAUUAAAAGAAUGUGAUGCUAGCCCCCUAAGAAGGCUUAUCUUCUUUGCUUCCGUCACUGGUUCAAUGAUAAAGGCAGGAAUUGGGAAAGAUUACGCUGAUCCACUGUGGUUUAACUUUAACAGUAGAGCAGCAAGCUGGGCCAGGUUACUGAGCAGAGCCAAGUAAAAACUCAUAUGCUGCCCCGUGGUUUGAGAUGACCAUAAAAGAGGUCACUGCAUGAUCUCCAGCUUGUCUUGUGCUCUGAAGUGUGAUGGCUGAGGUUGUAAAUAUCUAUGAUACAAUCAGGUCGAGGCCCUUGUAUGUGAAGGAGGCUACAGUGUUAUUAUGAAAUACUCAGCAACAAAUCAGUUGAUGUUUUCAAGUUCAUUUCAUCUCCCUGUUCUGUUACUGUUGAUGUGACGUGACCACCCAAAGUCAACAUAGCAUCACUAUGGUUACCUGUAGUGAAAAAUGAUUGAGGUACUUUAAAUGGGCCUGAGCAUGUAUUUACGUUUUUUUAUUUCUCUUUCUUUCAAACAUGAACUGCAGUUUAAUAUGAUCAGAAAUGAGACUUUGCUGUUUGGUCUGCUGUGUGUGCACAUUUAUCUCAGUCUGUAACUGUUCUGUCCCUCAUGUUCUCAGCCUAACACCCUCUCCCUGUUUUAGCCUAUUUCCUACUGGUCCCUAUCUAUGGUUUUGCACUACUUUGACUAUCGCUUCCUAUAAGUUACUGACUGUAGCUAAAUGUCUAAAUUAGUUCAUGUCUUUGUUGGCUCUUGUAUAUUCUUUUUUUUCCCCCGUAGGUUGUAAUUGUAGCUCUGUGGUCACCUCUUUGAGACAUGGUCAAGAGCAGGAAGGGAUAGCAACUGAACCAUGUGACUUAAAUGGGUGGAGCCAAAGAACAUCUCAACGUUUGCUAUGAAGGGUCCCUCAAGGAUGGUUGCUAAUAAUUGACUGUUUAGUCCUAGCAUGAAGUUUCCUGGUCGAUGAUUAGAUCUGAUGAGCUAACGUUACAUUGAAACCCUGCUGUUGACCUACCUGAGGAAAUGCCUUUACUGCCACAGCCAUGCUUUAGUUUUAGAAAUGGCAAAAUUAAAAUCUCUGGAACCAUUAUAUCAGACCCUUUCUCCUUUUGAAAUACAGGUUUGUGGCCUUGACUUAAUAAACUGGUUCCUUUGGCAGCACCCACACAUGUUGCACAAUCCAGCUGCAGUAUUUGUGCCUGUAAAAAGUAUUUGUUUUAAACAGCUGUCCUCCUUUUUGCACACAAGACAAAAAUGCAGAGCUUGUGUGUCACUGCAGGUCAGUGAGUGAGCCUGAAGGACAGAGGUGGUUGAACUGUUUACCGCUGUUGUAUUAUUUUGUUUUAAGAAUAAAACCUUUCUACAUUCUCAA